AUCGCUUCCGGGGGCGAGUCAGCGGAAGUGAGGGCGGUUGAGGCUGGGCGGCCCGCUGUGGUAGGAGGGGCCGUGAGGUGAGUGAGUCCCGGAGCCCGAGUCUGAGGAAGAGAAAUCUGAUGUUCCUUAAAGAUGGCCUGAUAUGAAGGAAUCACGCCUCCAGCCUCCCCAAGCCCCCAGAGCUUCCCUGUGGCUGCCUUGUCCUUCAAGUCCAGGAGCCGGUUGAAAUGUCAGGAAUGGAAGCCAGUGUGACCAUCCCAAUCUGGCAAAACAAGCCAUAUGGGGCUGCUCGCAGUGUAGUGAGAAGAAUUGGGACCAACCUGCCCCUGAAGCCAUGUCCCCGGGCAUCCUUCGAGACCCUGCCCAACAUCUCUGAUCUGUGUCUGAGGGAUGUACCCCCAGUCCCUACUCUGGCUGACAUCGCCUGGAUUGCUGCGGAUGAAGAGGAGACAUAUGCCCGGGUCAGAAGUGACACACGGCCCCUGAGGCAUACCUGGAAGCCCAGCCCUUUGAUUGUCAUGCAGCGCAAUGCCUCAGUGCCCAACCUGCGUGGGUCCGAGGAGAGGCUUCUGGCCUUGAAGAAGCCAGCCCUGCCAGCCCUAACCCGCACCACAGAGCUGCAGGAUGAGUUGAGCCACCUGCGCAGCCAGAUUGCUAAGAUAGUGGCAGCUGAUGCAGCUUCGGCUUCAUUAACGCCAGAUUUCUUAUCUCCAGGAAGUUCAAAUGUCUCUUCUCCCUUACCUUGUUUUGGAUCCUCAUUCCACUCUACAACUUCCUUUGUCAUUAGUGACAUCACCGAGGAGACCGAGGUAGAGGUCCCUGAGCUUCCAUCAGUCCCCCUGCUUUGUUCUGCCAGCCCUGAAUGUUGCAAACCAGAACACAAAGCUACCUGCAGCUCGUCUGAAGAGGAUGACUGUGUUUCUCUGUCCAAGGCCAGCAGCUUUGCAGAUAUGAUGGGGAUCCUAAAGGACUUUCACCGGAUGAAACAGAGCCAAGAUCUGUCAUAAAGAUGCUCACCAAACUGGGGAGAAUGGAUGAACAAGGAACUUCAACAAAGAGGUGGAAAAUACACCGAAGUACUAAAUAGAAGUCACGGAGCUGAUGAACACAAUAACUAGAAAAUUCAUCUAGUUUGCCCUUAGAGGAGUAACAGAAGAAAGGAUAAGUGAACUAAAAGACAAAGCAGUAGAACUCCCCUAAUCAGAGCAGCAAGUAGAAAAAAGAAUGGAAAAAAAAAGUAAAGAUAGCUUGUGGGACAUCAAAUGGACUAAUGUUCUCAUUAUAGGGCUCCCAGAAGAAGAGAAAGGCACAGAAAUCUUAUUUGAAAACAGAAUGGCAGAGGGGCACCUGGGUGGUUCAGUCAGUUGAGCAUCUGCCUUUGGCUCAGGUCAUGAUCCCAGGGUCCUGGGAUGGAGCCUGCCUCUGCCCCUCCCCCCGCUUGUGCUUGCACUUUCUCUCUCUCUCAAAUAAAUAAAUAAAAUCUUUAAAAAAAGAAAAUAGAAUGGUUGAAAAUGUCCCUAAUGUGGGGAAGCAAACAGACAUCCAGAUCCAGGAGGCCCAGAGAGUUGCAAAUAAGAUGAACCCAAAGAGACCCUAAAAGCCGCAAGAGAAAAAUAACGUAAAAGAGAACCCCCAUAAGACUACUCACACAUUUUUCAGCAGAUACUUUGCAGGCCAGAGGGAGUAACGCAAUAUAUUCAAAAUGCUGAAAGAAGAAAACUUCUAACUGAAGUUAUUCAGAACUAAAGAGAGAGUUUUCCAGAUAAGCAAAACCCAAAAGAGUUUAUCACCACUAAAUCAGCCUUAGAAGAAAUGUUAAAAUGACCUCUUUAAGCUGAAAAGAGCACUAGUCAGUAACAGGAACACAUAUCAAAGAAUAACUCUCACUGGAAAGAUAAUAAAAAUAGUGGACUCAUCACUUAUUAAGGUUAAAAAGACAAAAGUAGUAAAAAUAACUGAUGAUUACAAUAAGUAAGGAAUACACAAGAUAAAAAGAUGUAAAAUGUGACAUCAGAAACGUGGGUAAAAAGAGCUUUAGAAUGUGAUCAAACUUAAGUUGGCAACUAUUUUAUCAACUUAAAAUACACUUACAGAUAUAAGUUGUUAUACUUAAGGCUAAUCUUAACUAUAAAACAAAACCCUAUAGUAAAUACACAAAGAUAAAAAGGAAUAUAAGCAUACCACUAGAGAAUGUCAUCAAACCACAAAGGAAGAGAGCAAGAGAAGAAAGGAACAGAGAACUACAGAAAUAGAAAACAAUUAAUAAAAUGGCAGUAAGUACAUAUUUAUCAAUAAUUCUACUUUAAAUGUAAAUGGACUAAACACUGAUCAAAAGACAAGAGUGGCUAAAUGAAUUUUAAAAAACUAUAUGUUGCCUACAAGAGACUCCUUUAGAUGUAAAAACACACAAAGGGAAGGGAUAGAAAAAGAUAUUCCGUAUAAAUAGACACCAAAAGAAAGCCGGGGUGGCUAUACUUAUAUCAGGAAAAAGUCAACUUGAAAACAAAGAUUGUAACAAGACAAAGAGCAUUAUAUAAUGAUAAAAGGGUCACUCCAACAAGAGAUGAUAUAACAUUUGUAAAUAUUUAUGAAUAUAUAAAGCAAAUAUUAGCAGACAUGAAGGGAGAAACAACCAUACAGUAAUAGCAGGGGACUUAAAUACCCCACCUGCAUCAAUGGAUAGAUCAUCCAGACAGAAAAUAAGAAAACACUGGCCUUAAAUGACCUGUUAGACUGGGUAGACUUAACAGAUAUAUAUAGAACAUUCCUUCCAAAACCAGGAGAAUAUACAUUCUCAAGUGCACAUGGAACUUUUUCCAGGCUAGACCAUGUGGUAGGGCACAAAACAAGUCUGAAUAAAUUUUAAGAAGACUGAAAUAUCAAGCAUCUUUUCCAACUACAGUGAUAUGAAACUAGAAAUCAGUUACACAAAAUCUGUGGAAAAUUCACAAAUAUGUCCAGAUUAAACAUCAUCUACUGAACAACUGGGCGGGGGGUGGGGUCAAAUCAGAAACCAAAAAUACCUUGACACAAAGGGCGCCAGGGUGGCUCAGUCAUUAAGCAUCUGCCUUCGGCUCGGGUCAUGAUCCCAGGGUCCUGGGAUCGAGCCCCACAUCAGGCUCUCUGCUCAGUGGGCAGCCUGCCUCUCCCUCUCCCACUCCCCCUGCUUGUGUCCCCCCCCUCUGUCUCUCCGUCAAAAUAAAUAAAUAAAAAUAAAAUUUAAAAAAACCCUUGACACAAACAAAAUGGAAAUAUACCAAAAUUUAAGAGAUGCAGCAAAAGCAAUUCUAAGAGGGAAGUUCAGAGCAGUGAGUGCCCAUCUCAAGAAACAAAAUUCCCAAAUAACACAACUUUACACCUUAAGGAACCAGAAAAAAAAAGAAGAGCAAAUGAAACCCAAAGUUAGUAGAAGGAAGGAAAUAACAGGGAUUAAAGCAGAAAUAAAUGAAAUAGAAACUAAAAAGCAAUAGAAAAGAUGAAAGUAAUUGAUGGGCCUUUGAAAAGAUAAAAUUGACAAACCUCUAGCCAGAAUCACCAUAAAGAGAGGACUCAAAAUCAGAAAUGAAAGAUACUACAAUACCACAGAUAUCAAAGGAUAAAAGACUAUAAAAAUUAUAUGCCAACAAAUGGACAACCUAAAAGAAAUGGAUAAAUUCCUAGAAACAUACACUCUACCAAGACUGAAUCAUAAAGAAAUAGAAAAUCUGAACAGAUUGAUUACUAGUAAGGAGAUUAAAUCAGUAAUCAAAAACCUCCCAAUGAAUAAAAAUCCAGGACCAUGUAGAUGGCUUCUUUGGGUGAAUUCUACUAAACAUUCAAAGAAUACCAAUAUUUCUCAAACUCUUCCAAAAAAGAAAAGACGAGGGAACUCUUUCAAAUUCAUUUUACAAGGCCAGCAUUAUCCUUACACCAAAACCAUACAAUGACACCAGGAGAAAAUAAAAUUACAGGCCAAUAUCCCUGAUGAACAUAGAUGUAAAAUUCCUCAACAAAAUAUUAGCAAACUGAAUUCAACAAUACCUUAAAAGGAUCAUAUACCAUGAUCAAGUGGGGUUUAUUCAAGGAAUGCAAGGACAGUCCAACAAUCUACAAAUCGAUAGGAUAUACCAUAGUAAUAAAACAGGAUAAGAGUCAUGUUCAUCUCAAUAGAUGCAGAAAAAGCAUUCAACAAAAUUCAACAUCCAUUUGUGAUAAAAAAAAAAACUUCCAACAAAGCAGGUAUAGAAAGAACAUACCUCAACAUAAUAAAUAAUAAAGACCCGAUAUGACAAGCCCACAGCUAGCAUCACACUCAAGGGUAAAAGCUGAAAGCUUUUCCUCUAAGAUGAGGAAUAAGAAAAAGAUGCCCAUUCACCACUUUAGUCAACAUAAUAUUGGAAGUCCUAGCCUGAGCAAUUAGGCAAAAAAAAAAAAAAAAAGAGAACAGGCAUCCAAACUGGAAAGGAAGAAGUAAAACUCACUAUUUGCAGAUGACAUGAUAUACAGAAAACCCUAAAAACUCAAAAAAAUUGUUGGAAUAAAGGAAUUCAGUAACAUUGCAGGAUACAAAAUAAGUAAAAAUCCAUUGUGUUUCUAUACACUACUGACAGACUAUCAGAGAAAUUAGCAACCCCAUUUACAAUUUCAUCAAAAGAAUAGAAUACCUAGGAUAAAAAUUAAGGACGUGAAAGAGCUGUAUACGGAAAACUACAAGACAUCACGGAAAGAAAUGAAAGGAAACACAAACAUGCUCAUGGAUUGUAAAAAUAUUGUAAAAAUAUCCAUACUACCCAAAGCAGUCUACAGAUUCAAUGCAAAUGCUAUCAAAAGUCCAAUGGCAUUCUUUACAGAACUAGAAGAAAGUAUCCCUAAAAUUUGUAUGGAACCCCAAAGACCCCAAAUAGCCAAAGCAAUCUUGAGAAAGAACAACAACACUGAAGGCAUCACACUCCCUGAUUUCAAACUCUAUUACAAAACUGUAGUAAUUAAAACAAAAUGGUAUUGGCAUAAAAACAAAUCAUUGGAGCAGAACAGAGCCCAGAAAUAAACCCACGCAUAUAUGGUCAAUUUAUAACAAAGGACCCAGGAACAUACAGUAGGGAAAAGAGUCUCUUCCAUAAAUGGUGCUAGGAAAACUGGACAGCCACAUACAAAUGAAUGAAACUCAACCACUAUCUUACACAGGCAGUAAGCUCCUUGACAUAGGUCAUGGCAAUGAUAUAUUUUCAACCGGACUACUAAAAGCAACACAAGCAAAAAUAAACAAGUGGGACUAUCUCAAAGUAAAAAGCUUCUGCACAGCAAAGUAAACCAUCAACAAAAUGAAAAGGUAACCUAUUGCAUGGGAGAAAAUAUUUGCAAAUCAUAUAUCCAGUAAGGGUUACUAUCCAAAAUAUAUAAAGAACUCAUACAACUCAAUAGCAAGAAAUGAAAAGACAAGACCAAAAACCCAGUCUGAUUAAAAAAAUGGGCAUAGGACUCAGACAUUUUUCCAGAGAAGACAUAUAGAUGACCAAUAGGCACAUGAAAAGAUGCUGAACAUCACUAAUCAUCAGAGAAAUGCAAAUCAAAACCACAAAUUUUACCUCACACCUGUUAGACUUAUUAUCAAAAAGAUAAAAAAUAAGUAUUGGCAAGGAUGCGGAGAAAAGGGAACCCUUGUGACCUUGGGUAGGAAUGGAAAUU